CAAGACGCGACGGGUUAGAUUAAUCGUCUCUGCUCCAAAGACCCACUCGUGUCUCGCUGCUGGCGCUGUGUAGUAGAUCUACCUCAAAGUUUGUGCACUGUUGUUUAGGCCUAGAUCUACUUGUCUUUUGUGUUUUCUUGAUUACCGCGGGAACAGCCAGAGCUAAGUAAAUAUUCUCUGUCCCUCUCUGUGUGGACGAUCUGUGAAGACACAUAUUCCUUUCAUCCAGUCACGUUAAUUAACCAGCAGAUAUGGUGAGAAAACAUCUGGUUGCCCUGGACGGCAAGUUUCACGCUGAGCGUGCCUUCGACUGGUACCUUGAGAACUUCUACAGGGAUGGAGACGAAGUGGUCAUCUUCCACUGCUCCCAGUUUGAGCUGCACGUGGGACUGCCCGGAAUGGCGGUCAAUGUGGAGGCUGUGAGCAAACAGGUCACCCAGGCCAAGGACAAGGCGGAGGCUAUCACCCAGAAGGCAACCGAGACUCUCAGACUUAAGGGUAUCAAAGGCUAUGUGGUUCUCAAGUCUGGCUCAAAACCUGAGGACUUGAUCAACCAGGUGGUGGAUGAGGAGAACGUCAAUCAUGUGUUCAUGGGCACCCGCGACCUGGGCAGCAUUCAGCGGGCCUUUGUGGGCAGUGUGAGCACCGCUGUGGCCCGCUCGUGCAAGGUGCCCGUCACCAUCGUCAAAAUCAAGGAGUAAAUUUUGGGGGCAGAUGGUGGCCAGAGAAAAUGGACAGGGCAGCUGUCAUUUGGAAGUGAGAGUGUUUACAGGAGACGGAUAUCGAUAUAACUAUAGCAGUUGUGCGUGUGUGUGUGUGUGUGUGUGUGUGUGU